AUGAUAAGACGCUAUAUAUCAACAAAGACUAUACCUACAAAGCCUGUAGUCGAUCUGGCGUUUCACCAUGUAAUGCCCUCGGCCAGCGCUGUCAAGGGCCAUCUGGGACCAAGACCAGUAUUGAUCAAUCUCCAUGGUAUAUUUGGGUCCUCUGCAAUGUUUCGCUCAAUAAGCAAACCUCUAGCUAAUGAACUGGGUGUAGAAGUCUAUUCUGUUGACUUAAGAAACCAUGGUGAUUCUCCGUGGGCUUUUCCUUAUGAUUUUAUGACCCAUGCGAAGGAUGUGAUUCAUUUCAUCAAGACCCAAGUUGGUGCGCAAACACCAGUGAAUUUACUUGGAUUCUCAAUUGGUGGUAAAAUUGGUCUUUUGACUACUUUAUGUGAUCAAGUAAAUGUCACAAAGUGUGUAUCCAUGGAUUUACCACCAUAUGAGACUCCUCAACUAGAUGAUGUUGUCUUGCAAAAUUAUGCCCUAAUCAUGAAGAUUAUCAACAGGGAGAUUAAGAUUAAGAGGGGAACUCAAAAUUGGAAACGAAUGCUGCUCGAUCAUUUUAAGGCACUACCAGCCAACCAGGUCAACAACGGUGAUCCCUCACUUUAUUUUGCCAAUGGGUUUUAUAGGGUGAAGAAGAACAACGUAAGUUACGAGGAGGAAAAGGCUCACCGUCCAAUUGGAGACCCUUACAUUGACUACUAUUUGCCUCUAAAGCAGUUCCCGGAUCUGUUGGACUCCGUAAAAGCGUGGCCAGAUCUUAGCGGUAAGGAGAACAGCGGAGGUGUUUUCCAAACGUCAACGGACAGAUCUGUUUUAUUUAUGAGAGCUUUAAAAUCUGACUUCAUGAAGGACGAUUACAGCUUGUUGCGGAAACCAUUUCCAAAUGCAAAGGUGCAUGAGUUCAACACUGGUCAUAAUAUGAUGGUGGAGGAACCAGAGAGUACGUUGCAAUGUAUAAUAGACUACCUGAAGGAAUAG